CCCCGCGGGAACGCGCCCCGCGGUACGGCGGGGGCGGGGGUGCCGGGGAGGUGAUACGCGCGGGAGCGCGCCUGCCUCGGCUUUUCUCGCUGGGCUGCUGAGCGCGGAGGAGGAGGAAGAGCGCGGCCCCGGGUAUCCCUCGACCCUCUUCCCAAGCGAAGGGGCUGCAUCUUCCCGCAAGGCAGUAACAUCCUGUCAUACAGAGGAUAAGAAAGAAGGAAAAGUAAAAAGAGAAACCAUCCUGCUUUGAAGAUUUUUGUACAAAGGUGUUGCUUGAGAGGCGAGUGGGCAGUCCCUUUGUAUUUUCAUUGAAGGAUCAAUAUUUCAAGAUGUGCAAAGGAGAGGGGUCUGACUGACAAGCUGCCUUGAUGCACUGUUAUUCUAACUAUGACUGGAUUGACUGAACAUUGCCUCAAAGACACUAUCCUAGGCUACCUAGUCUGAUGAAGUUGGACAUCAUUCUUCAAGUGUGAUUUACUCAAUACCUGAAAUCAUGAUGAAAAAGAAGAGCGUAUCUGCAAGAAAAGCUUCCUUGGUCCUCUUUUUGUGCCAAAUGAUUUCUGCAUUGGAUGUACCUCUUGACUCAAAACUCCUAGAAGAAUUGUCACAACCUCCUACGAUAACUCAGCAAUCUCCAAAAGAUUACAUUGUUGACCCCCGAGAGAAUAUUGUAAUACAGUGUGAAGCAAAAGGAAAGCCACCUCCUAGCUUCUCCUGGACACGCAAUGGAACUCAUUUUGAUAUAGAUAAAGAUGCACAGGUAACAAUGAAACCAAAUUCAGGCACUCUUGUCAUAAAUAUUAUGAAUGGUGGGAAGGCAGAAGCAUAUGAGGGAGUAUACCAGUGUACAGCAAGGAAUGAACGAGGAGCAGCCGUUUCCAACAAUAUCGUUAUAAGGCCUUCUAGAUCCCCAUUGUGGACAAAAGAAAAACUAGAGCCUAACCAUGUCCGAGAAGGUGAUUCGCUAGUACUACACUGCAGACCUCCCGUUGGCUUACCACCACCUAUAAUAUUUUGGAUGGAUAAUGCUUUCCAAAGGCUGCCUCAAAGUGAAAGAGUUUCCCAAGGUCUAAAUGGAGACCUAUAUUUUUCUAAUGUACAACCAGAAGACACCCGGGAGGACUACAUCUGCUAUGCAAGAUUUAAUCAUACACAAACUAUACAGCAGAAACAGCCCAUUUCUGUAAAAGUCUUUUCAAUGGAUUCAUUGAAUGACACUAUAGCUGCUAAUUUGAGUGACACUGAUAUUUUUGGUGCAAAGCCAGUGACAGAGAGACAGCCAGUUCUUCUAACACCAACAGGUAGCACAAGUACCAAAGUGGAACUCAGAGGAAAUGUGCUUUUGUUGGAGUGCAUUGCAGCAGGAUUACCCACACCGGUAAUUCGCUGGAUUAAAGAAGGUGGGGAACUGCCAGCCAACAGGACCUUUUUUGAAAACUUUAAGAAAACUCUCAAGAUUAUAGAUGUUUCUGAAGCUGACUCUGGGAACUAUAAAUGUAUAGCAAGAAACAGAUUAGGUUCUGCUCAUCAUGUCAUUUCAGUGACUGUGAAAGCUGCCCCAUACUGGAUAACAGCACCCAGAAACUUGGUCUUGUCUCCUGGAGAAGAUGGGACAUUGAUCUGCAGAGCUAAUGGCAACCCAAAGCCUGAUAUAAGCUGGUUAGCAAAUGGCGUCCCCAUAGCAAUUGCUCCAGAAGAUCCUAGCAGAAAGGUAGAUGGUGAUACCAUUAUCUUCUCACAUGUGCAAGAAAGGUCGAGUGCUGUAUAUCAAUGCAAUGCUUCUAAUGAAUAUGGAUACCUGCUAGCAAAUGCAUUUGUGAAUGUUCUAGCUGAGCCACCACGAAUUCUAACUCCUGCUAAUAAACUGUAUCAAGUCAUCGCAGAUAGUCCUGCGUUGCUAGACUGUGCUUAUUUCGGUUCACCUAAACCUGAAAUUGAAUGGUUUAAAGGAGUGAAAGGCAGCAUCUUGCGUGGAAAUGAAUAUGUUUUCCAUGAUAAUGGAACCUUGGAGAUUCCAGUGGCUCAAAAGGAUAGUACUGGUACAUACACAUGUGUAGCAAGGAAUGAAUUAGGAAAGAUACAAAAUGAGGUGCAUCUGGAAGUUAAAGAUCCCACAAUGAUAAUUAAACAGCCAGAAUACAAAGUGAUUCAGCGGUACGGCCAAGCUUCAUUUGAGUGUGUAAUAAAACAUGAUUCUACCUUAUUGCCAACAAUAAUAUGGUUAAAGGACAACGCUGAGCUGCCAGAUGAUGAAAGGUUUCUAGUUGGUAAAGACAACUUGACCAUUAUGAAUGUAACUGAUAAAGAUGAUGGAACAUACACUUGCAUAGUUAAUACUACUCUGGACAGUGUUUCAGCAAGUGCUGUGCUUACUGUUGUUGCUGCUCCCCCAACUCCAGCUAUCAUUUACGCUCGACCAAAUCCACCCUUUGACUUGGAAUUGACAGGUCAGCUAGAAAGAAGCGUUGAACUCUCAUGGAUACCAGGAGAUGAAAAUAACAGUCCCAUUACAAACUUUGUGAUUGAAUAUGAAGAUGGGCUGCAUGAACCAGGGGUAUGGCAUUACCAGACGGAAGUUCCUGGAACUCAGACAACAGUACAAUUGAAGUUGUCUCCGUAUGUCAACUACUCAUUCCGUGUGAUAGCUGUCAAUGAGAUUGGCAGAAGUCAGCCGAGUGAACCAUCUGAGCAGUACCUGACAAAAUCUGCAAACCCUGAUGAAAAUCCUUCUAAUGUACAAGGGAUAGGCUCAGAACCUGAUAACUUGGUAAUAACAUGGGAGUCUUUGAAAGGUUUUCAGUCUAAUGGACCAGGGCUUCAGUACAAAGUCAGCUGGCGUCAGAAGGAUGUUGAUGAUGAGUGGACAUCUGUUAUAGUUGCAAAUGUAUCUAAAUAUAUUGUGUCUGGUACACCAACUUUUGUUCCCUAUGAAAUAAAAGUACAAGCUUUAAAUGACCUUGGAUAUGCACCAGAGCCAUCAGAGGUGAUUGGACAUUCAGGGGAAGACUUGCCAAUGGUUGCUCCAGGCAAUGUACAAGUUCAUGUCAUUAACAGCACGUUAGCAAAGGUGCAUUGGGACACAGUUCCACUAAAAACUGUCCGAGGACACCUUCAAGGGUACAAAGUUUACUACUGGAAAGUACAGAGUCUGUCCAGAAGGAGUAGGCGGCAUGUAGAAAAAAAGAUCUUGACUUUCAGGGGAAACAAGACAUUUGGAAUGUUGCCAGGGCUGGAGCCCUAUAGUUCUUACAAGCUGAAUGUUAGAGUUGUUAAUGGUAAAGGAGAAGGACCAGCAAGCCCAGACAAACUAUUUAAGACCCCUGAAGGAGUUCCUAGCUCACCCUCAUUUUUGAGAAUUACAAACCCAACGCUGGACUCUCUGACUCUGGAGUGGGGUUCACCGACCCAUCCAAAUGGUGUUUUGACAUCGUAUAUACUGAAGUUUCAGCCAAUUAACAACACACAUGAAUUGGGUCCCUUGGUGGAGAUAAGAAUCCCUGCCAACGAGAGCAGCUUGAUACUGAAAAAUUUAAAUUACAGCACACGGUAUAAGUUUUACUUUAAUGCACAAACCUCAGUUGGAUCAGGAAGUCAGAUUACUGAGGAAGCAAUAACAAUUAUGGAUGAAGCUGGUAUUCUCCGUCCUGCUGUAGGUGCAGGCAAAGGAUAUUCAGAAAUCCUUUUUGCAACCUCCCCAGUCAUGCACUCUGUCCGUCCAACAUUCUAUAAGGUGCAACCACUUUACCCAAGGAUCAGAAAUGUUACCACAGCUGCCGCUGAGACCUAUGCCAAUAUCAGUUGGGAGUAUGAGGGACCAGAUCAUGCGAACUUUUAUGUUGAAUAUGGUGUAGCAGGCAGCAAAGAAGAUUGGAAAAAAGAAAUUGUAAAUGGUUCUCGAAGCUUCUUUGUCUUAAAGGGUUUAACACCAGGAACAGCAUAUAAAGUCCGGGUUGGUGCUGAGGGCCUGUCUGGUUUUAGGAGUUCAGAGGAUGUGUUUGAGACAGGUCCAGCAAUGGCAAGUCGGCAGGUAGACAUCGCUACUCAAGGAUGGUUCAUUGGUCUUAUGUGUGCUGUUGCUCUUCUCAUCUUGAUUUUACUGAUUGUUUGCUUCAUAAGGAGGAAUAAAGGUGGCAAAUACCCAGUGAAAGAAAAGGAGGAUGCACAUGCUGAUCCAGAAAUACAGCCUAUGAAGGAAGAUGAUGGAACAUUCGGGGAAUACAGGUCCAUGUCUGCUUGGACAGGAAAGAAACUGGACAAGGAAAAGAAAAGAAAAGGUAGCUGUGCCAAUUCUCCCGAAGCAGACCCUGUCUUUACCAAAGCAAAGUCUUUGAGAUCUGACAGAUCCAACUUCUUCAGAAGGUCAGGGGAUCAAUACUCCAGCACCAGAUCAGAGACCUCCUACAGCAGGAGGAGGGCUAGGCAGUCACCAGAGCUUGCAAGGGUUAGUUCUGUCUCUGCUUCCCUCUGCCAAGAGGAAAAGAGGUCAGACUCACGGAAGUACAGGCAUGGCUGUAGACGUCACGCUUCUGAGCAACAGCUAAUGGGGUCGGAGGAGGGCUCAGAUUCUCAGGCAGGACAGCCAUCCCCUUUCCAGCAACCUCUCAGCUCCAACUCAAUUCAUGGCUCACUGGCAAGGCAGCAUUCCUCUCUCCAGCACUGGUUCAGACGGACCCCAGACUACAGCUCAGAUUCAGAAGACACUCAGACCUCCUACCACCAGAAGGUAAGACCUUCUACUGCUACUCACUUCUCUGAAUCUGAAAAGAAUUCAUUAAUGAAAUCUGUAAUUUUGCCUGAGCUAGCUACUGUCCUAAAGGAUGCGUUGACGGCAGCCAGGCAAAGUAUAACCUCUGUGGCACAGGCUAGGUCCCUUUCAGUAAGGCGUCCCAGGGUACCAAUUACAGAAGUACCAGUGGUUCCUCUGGAAGCAACUGUGAGCAGUUCCCAAACUUUUGAGUCUGACCAUAUGAACAGUUUAAAAGAUCAAACAGCCUCUAGGAAGGAGAAAUCUAAGCCUUAUAGGGCCUUGGAUGUUGAGUCAUCCCCUGAAGAUUGGGAGGUGUCAUCUGAGUCCCCUACAGAAGACCAAGAAGGACCAAAUCCUCUGCGUAAAUUUGACAUCAAGAAUCAGAAUUACCUGUUCAAGCACAUAAAGAGAGUGUUAAUGCUGAAAUCUUCCAAACUGGAAUGUGCUUCAGAAGAACUGCUUCUCCCCUCUGAAGAAGACGAGGUAGAUAAUGCACUUCCUAUUGAUUCAGCAGUAGAAGAUCUUGUGUGCAGGAUUUGGGAUAAUCCGGAGGCAAAGCACGAAGCCCCAGCAGUCCUGCGUAAGCUUUAUCCUUUUCCAGUGGAUAAAGCUGCUUUGUGGGGGACCUUGCCACAGGUAGACAGAGCAUUGGUUACUGGUGAUUCUGUUCUAUCAGUGCCUGCUAAUAUGGAUGCUCUCCUUAAAGAUCCUACUGAUAGAAAGGUUGAGGAAGCAAUUAAAAGAUGUUUCAAGCUAGCUGCAGCCCAGCUUGGGGUAUCUAUCUACUGCACUUACGCUUCCAGAGCGUUACUAAUAUGGUUGAAGGAGGAACGAGCCAGAUGCAAAAAGAAGUGGGUCCCAUCUGGUGCCACGCAGAGGAAGCGCAGGCUAUGUAAAACUGCAGCUAAUUUUAUCCAUGAUGCAGCUGAGGAUUCUCUUAGACUCACUGUUAAAAGCAUGGCAUGCCUCACUGUAGCCUGGAGAGCUGUAUGGCUGCGUCCUUGGACCUCAUCACUUGAUCUAAAAUGUAAACUGCUGUCUCUGCCAUACACGGGUGGCAAGCUGUUUGGUGAACCCUUGGUCCAGAUCAUGAAGGAUUUCUCAGAAUACAAACACUCCUUACAUCGGCUGAAAAAAAAGAGGUCUGUUGGAAGCUCCUCAUUUCCUUAUCCCCACAAGUGCCUCAGCUCAUAUCGUUCUCCUCCCAGGUUUAAAGGAGGGAAGGGCAAGUACAAGGUCUCACAGUCAUUUCAUGCCAAGUACGAAAGGACAUCUCACUUUCAGAGAGACGCCAGACCAUCAAGAGCAACUUUCUAAGAUCACAAGUUUGCUUCCUCCUUUCUCAGGAACUGCCAGGAGUGAAAGAGUUGGGAAUUUAUACUUGAAUAGACUUCAGUAUUUCUGGUCUUCAACUAAGUCCACAGCUUAGAAAAUUAGUUGCUUCACAAGAAGAUUUAAAUAAUUGAAUUCUUUAAAUCUUAAUGACUAAUUAAGAUAUUCUAGAGAAGUCAUAGCUCCCAGUUUGAGGGGAGAUUUUAUUGCAUUCAAUUUCUAGGCUUCCCAGUACUCUUGGGAUGGCUCCUGGGAUGUUUGAAGUUUUGCACUCUUCAGCUUCAUCUAGGAGCAUACUUUGUGCAGAACCAGCCAACACUGGAUUUUCCUGCCCUGUCAGUCUCACGAAUGCAGUAAUGCUUC